AUGGAAGAGUGUAAAUUGAAUGAUUACGAAUGUUUAAUUCAAUGGAAUAGUGUGCCGGAUCUCUUGAACCUACCUAAAGUUCCACCUUCCGAAAUUAAACGUUUAAUCAUUUAUGAUUUUGACAAUACAUUAUAUGCUUCUCCUAAACCAAAUGAACAAUUGUCUUCACCUGAACUAAUAGAGUUAUUAUUAAAUAGUCGAGACAAACUAAAAAGUGGUAAUUGGUGGUCGACUCUAGAAACGUUGGAAUACAGUUUUGAUAGAUGUAGCGCUCUAUGUGAGAACCCAACCUCUGAAAUUUCGCCAUAUAUAUUCUGGAAUAAGUUGCUUUUAAAAUCUGCUCAAUUGGCACAUAAAGAUCCUACAACAGUAUCAAUUAUUUUAACUGGUCGAAAACAUGAUACAUUCCAUAAGUUAUUUGAAAGAUUACAGUAUGCUAGUUUUUUAAAAGAUGAUACUACGAAUGCGUUCAUCUUUAAUGCUGUUUGUUUGAAAAAAAAUUGUAAUAUGAAUACUUUUGAUUAUAAAGAAAAAGUAAUCACUUCAUUAGUAGAGUCCCUAAACAUCAAGAAUAACCUAAAUGAAAUUACUAUUUAUGAAGACAGAAAGCAUCAUGUUAGACAAUUCCAGGCAUUUCUAACCAAAUUAUCAUUGAAAGCGUCGCAUACUGUCUCUUCUGCAUCUUGGCAUGGAACUGUGGUUCCCGUUGCUGCUAAAAAUUUUUUAUUACAUUAUGAAGAUGAAAUUGCCAUCAUCGAGAAAAUGUUUGAUAAUCAUAAUAAAAUCUGUAUUGAACAAAAUUUAAACGAUUUACCUAUUUUUAAAUUGAAAUGGUCUGGUAUUAAAAGUGGAUUUUUUCAUGGCGUUCAUUUCACAGAAGAAUUUAUCGAGUUGGACAAUAAACUAUUUGAAAAAAUUAAAAAAUAUCAUCCCACUCAAAUUUUGAAUAAAUAUCCGAUGUAUAUUCCAAUUACUGUACCGGGGAAUGUAUUAUCUGGAAGAAUAUGUGCGCAAAUUAUUUCUAAUGGCGAUCCUAAAAUAAUUGAUGAUAAAACAUUUUGUCGCAAUUCAAUUAACAAUAUGAAAUUUCCCAAGGAUUCCAAACGUAACAAUCUUUUAAACUUUAUAUUUAAAAUUACAGCUAUAUCGUUGAAUUUCGAAUCUGUAGGGAAAAUCCCAUCAAUUGUUUAUAAAGUAAUACCUGUGGGAGAAUCAAAGGGGAAAUUCAUUGGUAAAAAAUUAGAAGAUCUUUAUUUAGUUGGAAAGACAAAGGCCAAAGAUGAUGAAUUAAAAGAAUAUUGGUUUUGCAAAACUUUAGCAACAGAACCAAAUUUAAUUAAACAAUCAAUGAACUGGAUUGAUGUUAAAGAUGGGCCGAUAAUACGAACCACUUUUGGAUCAUAUUCACAAUUGGAUUAUAUAAAAACACCAGGAUACAAUUUUCAAUCUGAAAAUAGUAAUGUUCAAUGA